UGGGGGUGGGGGGGGGGGGGGGGGGGGGGGGGGGGGGGGGGGGGGGGGGGGGGGGGGGGGGGGGGGGGGGGGGGGGGGGGGGGGGGGGGGGGGGGGGGGGGGGGGGGGGGGGGGGGGGGGGGGGGGGGGGGGGGGGGGGGGGGGGGGGGGGGGGGGGGGGGGGGGGGGGGGGGGGGGGGGGGGGGGGGGGGGGGGGGGGGGGGGGGGGGGGGGGGGGGGGGGGGGGGGGGGGGGGGGGGGGGGGGGGGGGGGGGGGGUGGGGGGGGGGGGUGGGGGGGGGGGGGGGGGGGGGGGGGGGGGGGGGGGGGGGGGGGGGGGGGGGGGGGGGGGGGGGGGGGGGGGGGGGGGGGGGGGGGGGGGGGGGGGGGGGGGGGGGGGGGGGGGGGGGGGGGGGGGGGGGUGGGGGGGGGGGGGGGGGGGGGGGGGGGGGGGGGGGGGGGGGGGGGGGGGGGGGGGGGGGGGGGGGGGGGGGGGGGGGGGGGGGGGGGGGGGGGGGGGGGGGGGGGGGGGGGGGGGGGGGGGGGGGGGGGGGGGGGGGGGGGGGGGGUGGGGGGGGGGGGGGGGGGGGGGGGGGGGGGGGGGGGGGGGGGGGGGGGGGGGGGGGGGGGGGGGGGGGGGGGGGGGGGGGGGGGGGGGGGGGGGGGGGGGGGGGGGGGGGGGGGGGGGGGGGGGGGGGGGGGGGGGGGGGGGGGGGGGGGGGGGGGGGGGGGGGGGGGGGGUGGGGGGGGGGGGGGGGGGGGGGGGGGGGGGGGGGGGGGGUGGGGGGGGGGGGGGGGGGGGGGGGGGGGGGGGGGGGGGGGGGGGGGGGGGGGGGGGGGGGGGGGGGGUGGGGGGGGGGGUGGGGGGGGGGGGGGGGGGGGGGGGGGGGGGGGGGGGGGGUGGGGGGGGGGGGGGGGGGGGGGGGGGGGGGGGGGGGGGGGGGGGGGGGGGGGGGGGGGGGGGGGGGGGGGGGGGGGGGGGGGGGGGGGGGGGGGGGGGGGGCGUGGGGGGGGGGGGGGGGGGGGUGGGGGGGGGGGGGGGGGGGGGGGGGGGGGGGGGGGGGGGGGGGGGGGGGGGGGGGGGGGUGGGGGGGGGGGGGGUGGGGGGGGGGAGGGGGGGGGGGGGGGGGGGGGGGGGGGGGGGGGGGGGGGGGGCUUGUGGUGGUGUGUGUUGGUGUGUGGUUUUGUGUUUGUGUUUGGUUUUUUUGUAG